AUGAAAAAAAUUUGUGUGCUGUUGGUCUGUGUUGUUAUAGUGGAUAAAGUCUUCAGUAUGGACUUAAGGAGCAAAAGGCAGACGGAAGAUGCUGAUGAUGAUUUAGACAAUAGAUAUGGUUGGAACAGGCAACCAGCGUUUGGAAGGAGACAGCCUCAAUGGACAAUGCAGUAUCCCAACCAAAGGGUUCCAAGUCAAUGGCCUUAUCCUGGACAGUAUCCUGACCUAGGGACUUUCCCCGGUCAGGGACAAUUUCCCGGUCAAGUUCAGUUUCCUGGGCAAGGACAAUUUUCAGGUCAAGGACAAUUUUCUGGUCAAGGACAGUUUAAUGGUCAAGGACAAUUUUCUGGUCAAGGACAGUUUAAUGGUCAAGGACAAACUUCCAGUGAAGGGCGACUUCCCGGACAAGGACAACAGACGACACAAAAUCCAAUUGAUGGAUCUACAACGUCAGCUGAGAACAACCCCACCGUACAGGAAUGCAUUAUAAAUUGCCCCGUGACGGCAGAAUAUAACCCAGUGUGCGGGUCUAACGGCGUCACUUACCCCAACCCUGGACGUCUCUCAUGUGCUCGGGCCUGUGGUGUCUCUGUGAAUGUGCUUCGAUCGUCUCCCUGCCCGUCUACUACAACCGCUGCUCCUCUAGUUUAA